AUGGCGACCGAUCUCAACUCCCCCCCUCCCUCGGCUGGCGUGGAUACGGCCAACCCUGCCACUGAUGCCUCCAUUCCCAACAUCCUCUUCAUCAUGGCCGACCAACUGGCCGCUCCCAAGCUUAAGAUGUACAACCCAAACUCACAGAUCAAAACGCCCAACCUCGACCGCCUGGCCUCCAUCUCGGUCCAGUUCGACUCCGCCUACUGCCCCUCACCUCUCUGCGCCCCCUCGCGCAUGAGCUUGAUCAGCGGUCUCCUCCCCAUGAAGAUUGGCGCCUUUGAUAAUGCCGCCCAGGUUGGCUCUGACGUGCCCACAUAUGCUCACUACCUCCGCUCCAAGGGAUACCACACUUCUCUCGCUGGUAAGAUGCACUUCAUUGGCUACGAGCAGCGCCUGACCAGCGCCAUCUACCCUGGCGACUUUGGCUGGGCUGUCAACUGGGAUGAGCCCGACACUCGCCUCGAGUGGUACCACAACGCCAGCUCUAUUCUCCAGGCUGGUCCUUGUGGACGGAGCAACCAGCUCGACUAUGAUGAAGAGGUCAUGUCCAAGAGCACCCAGUACCUGUGGGAUCAUGUCCGCGAGGGUUCCAACAAGCGCCCAUUCUGCCUGACCGUCUCCCUCACUCAUCCCCAUGAUCCCUACACUAUCACCAAGAAGUACUGGAACCUCUAUGAAGAUGUUGAUAUCAACCUGCCCGAAGUCCGCAUCGCCAACGAGGACCAGGAUCCCCACAGCAAGCGCCUCCUCAAGGUCUGUGACCUCUGGGACCAGAACUUCUCUGACGACCAGAUCAAGCGGGCCAAGCAGGCCUACUACGGAUCGGUGAGCUACGUCGACGACUGCAUUGGUAGGCUUCUGGAGACCCUCGAGGAUGCCGGCCUCGCGGAGAACACCAUUGUCAUCUUCAGUGGCGACCACGGAGACAUGCUGGGCGAGCGCAACCUGGUGCGGUUCAAGCCCCACCGCGUCACCCAGAGUGUGUCGACUCUCGACCUCCUCCCCACUAUCUGCGACCUCAUCGGUACCAAGCUGGCCCCCUACUUGCCUAUGGACGGCAUCAGCAUGCUGCCCCAUCUCGAGAGCCGCGAGGGCCACGACACUGUCUUUGCCGAGUACACGGAUGAGGGAACCGUGCGCCCCAUGAUGAUGAUCCGCCGGGGUCCCUGGAAGUACAUCACUUGCCCCGCCGACGAGCCCCAGCUGUACAACUUGGAGCGGGAUCCCAAGGAGCUGGAUAACCUAUCCCGCUUCAAGAAGAUUGCCCCUCAGACCCCGGAAGAGGAGGAGGCUAAGGAGGCGUUUGAGAAGUUUGAGGCUGAGGCCAAUGCGAAGUGGGACUUUGAAGCCAUCACGGAUAAGGAGGGCGAAUUCACCAGCUGGGACUUUGACCGUGUCGAUGACGGCAGAAGGAAGUAUAUCCGCUCCACUAUUCCUCUGGAUGACCUUGAGCGCCGUGCCCGGUUCCCGUUUGUGGACGCCAACGGGUACGAGAGUAAGGCAGUUUCUUCGACGCGCAGUUAAGGGAGACGAUGACUGGUAUGACUAUGUGGGUGAGAUCUUCGCGGAUGAGUAUCCCAUGGAGCUGGCGGCUUACCAGGGGGUUGGUGAGGUGCCAGCGGCUGUGAGAUGCUCAAUGCGAGACGGCAGGGGUAGAAGUGAAUUGGUUUGUUUCGCCUCUGCCCAUCUUGGGUUAUGCAUAUCCUUCUUGGCCAUUGGGUUGCGCCGCAGAUACUGGGUUCAGAAACGGGAGGGCUUUGAUUGUACCUUGACUCAGGUUGUUCCAUUUAGAUACUCGUCCAAUACUAUGCACUACUUUUGACGGUAAUCUCACACGGGCCACACAUGGCACAUGACAUC